AUGAUGUAGUUCUGUUGGCUUCAUCAGGUGAUGGCCUCCAGCUCGGACUGGAAUGGUUCGCAGCCGAAUGUGAAAUGGUGGGAAUGAGAAUCAGCACCUCCAAAUCUGAGGCCCUGGUCCUCAGCUGGAAAAGGGUGGAGUGCCCACUCCGGAGCAGGGAUGAGUUCCUGCCCCAAAUGGAGGUGUUUAAGUUUUUUGUCAACUUCCCAUCGGCCAAACAGUAUUUUAGUCAGUUUCAGCACCUGGAGGAUCCUGAGGAGAUGGCACGGAGCAGCCAACUCCGGCAGCAUGCCUGCAGGGUGAUGAAUGCCAUCAACAGUGUAGUGGAAAACCUCCACGACCCUGAGAAGGUGUCGUCGGUGCUGGCCCUGGUGGGAAAAGCACAUGCUAUCAAACACAAAGUGGAACCCGUGUACUUUAAGAUCCUGAGCAGUGUGAUGCUGGAGGUGUUUUCUGAAGAUUUCCCAGAAUUCUUCACGGCAGAGGUGCAGAUGGUGUGGACCAAACUGAUGGGGGCGGUGUACUGGCAUGUGACGGGGGCCUACACAGAGGUGGGCUGGCUCCAGGUCUCCAGCUCGGCAGUGUGAAGAGUCGGGAAGAAGAGGUGGUAAAGAAGUUUUCAGUGGACUCAAUGAAGUUUAAAGAGAGGCAAAAUAAUGUGUUUAAAAUGUUGAUGGAGAUUUUGCGACAAUGGUUUCACAGACAUGGAUCAGAUUAACGUGGUAAUCCGUGCAAUUUUGUUUCUUUAUUCAACUUCUUUUGGAUGCGUUUUGGUGCUAAGCUUUGCACGUCUCGGAGAUCAGAUCAGUUGGACACCAAAUAAUGUAGCCAAACAUCAUUUUAUUUAACUGCUGUUAGAUUUCCACUUACAUCAGUGGCGCUCUGCUGUGUUAUCACUGCUAAGGCUAACUAUCAGUUCGACAUCCGCACACACUGCUGUUGCUGCCAGAGGCACACAACCAGUCACUUUCUGUGUAGCAUAAAAUCUUCCUUUUUAUACACCUGCUGAGAUAAGACUGCUCCAAAAGUGUUAAUGAACUUCUAGAAUCAAUUAAAAGUUGACCAAUCCUUCUGUUUGUAAGCCUGUCAAGCUUUGCAUCCUUGCAAAGGAUUCAAAAUUGUAACAGUGGCAGAUGCACUUUAAUUAGAGGCAGAUGAGGAUAAAAGCAGAGUUUGCUAAUCGACAUUAGCUGUGCAAGUUAAUAUAUUUCUAGAGUUGUAAAUAUGAUAUGCAACAGCAGCCUGCAAGUACCGUAGAAGACGAAAGGAUACGUGUCCUAUCCGGCACUAUAGCAAUCAGAAUUAUUGUCUGAAGGCCAAGAAAAAACUCCAACAGAUUUAUUUUCCCAAGCAGAUCAUUAUGGCUUUUGCUAUACUGGUCCACUUGAUGGUCAUAUUUUAU